CGUGAGGACACGGCCGGGAAGGGCGGCGAAGGGAACGGGGACGUGUUGGCGCAUGCGCGGGCAACUCCUGCCUCCCCCUCCCCUUCUUCCGGGGCUGCCGGUGGGCGCACGGUGCGCGGAGUUGCCUCCAGCUGAGGCCAGGGCCGGGCUCGGGCUGGGAAGUGGAGUUUCCCCAGGAAACAACAGAAAUGACUAACCGAGAAGAAGCUGAGAUACAAAUUUCGGAAUUAGAUUUACUCUCCAGCAUGUUCCCUUAUGAGGAAGAGUUCAUUGUGACUGACCAGGUGGCUCUAGCAGAACUAAAGCACUAUGUUGAAAAUGAGUCUGCAGAGAUGCCAUCAUCAAAAGUUCAGUUUAUACUGAAUGUAAAGCCAGAGGUCUCUAAUGCCUCUAUGGUGGAAUUCUCUAUGGCCUGUGCCUUACCAUUUAAAUAUCCAACUGUACUACCAGAAAUUACUGUGAGGUCAUCAUUAUUAAGCCGUGCUCAGCAGAUUCACCUGAACUCUGACUUAAAAACAUAUUUGACGGAAAACUGCAGUGGUGAGCCCUGCAUGUUGAGUGCAAGGGAAUGGGUUAAAGACCACGCAGCUGCUUACAUUGACAAAGAGCUUUUGUCUUCCUCAGUGAUGACAUCAAAUGCCACGCAGUCAGAAGACACCACGUUCACUCGAUUGUGGAUCUAUAGUCAUCACAUUUACAACAAGCAAAAAAGAAAGAAUAUUAUUGACUGGGCCAAGGAGCUCUCUCUGACAGGGUUUUGCAUGCCAGGGAAACCAGGUGUUGUUUGUGUAGAAGGUCUACAAAGUAGUUGUGAAGAGUUCUGGUCAAGAGUAAGAAAAUUAACAUGGAAAAGAAUUCUCAUUCGGCACAGAGAAGAUGUUUCUUUGGAAGGUGGAGGGCAUGCUGAGAUUCAGAAACAAAGGAAGUUCUCCACUUUGGAAGAAAAAUGUUUCGAUGCACAUGGUGCCAGAGGAAAUCAUAUGGAUUUGGGACAGCUAUAUCGGUUUUUAGAAGAAAAAGGAUGUGCUGACAUUUUUCAAAUGUACUUUGGGGUUGAAGGCCAUUGAAGGGGCUGAAGAUCACGACAGAUGCCAAGUUGAUCCUUGUAACAGAUUCCUUAGCUAUUCUGCAGCAGUUGAUGAGAGAUGGAACUAAUAAUUCAUGGUUUAUAUGAUGAAUCCAAUGAAAUCAAGUAUCCAGUGAAAUCCUGAAUAAUGAAAAUGACUAAAUGAACACUUUAUUACACUUUCUGGUUUUAAGGGCAUCUAGGGUACAUACCAAAUUACAAAGAAAGAAAAUAUGUUGAAUAACCUACCACACAGUUACAGAAUUAUAGAUGAAUGAAUAGAUGGAUUUAUAGUGAAUGAACAUAUGGAUAAGAAGAGGCAAAAUGGAAGUGUGGGUAUCUCAGGAGAGGAAAUCUGAUAUUUACAUUAUUUGAAUGAAUAGAUGGAUUCAUAGUGAAUAAAUAUAUGAAUAAGAAGAGAGAAAAAGGAAGUGUGGGUAUCUCAGGAGAGGAAAUCUGAUGUUUACGUUAUUUGGUACUGUUUACAUGCACUACCUGAAGACCUUUUUGUAACAAAUCUUUUCUUCUACUCUUUACCUGAAAGUAUAUUAAGCCAGGAGAUUAAUGUUUUAAUUAAAAAAUAAAAAAAAAAAGGAGGGAACAAGUUCGCAAAAGCCUUCUUUAUGCAGACAGGGUGAGCUAGGGUGCUUACUUUAAGGCAUAAGAAUUUUCCAUAGGUAAAAGUGUGUGUUAAGAGAGAUUAAUAGCGGUACUGUGGUGGCUCAGCUAUGCCUGUAGCCGAGGAGGCCGGUUGUUUGCUCACAUAAAAGCAGAAGUUGACCACGGUCUGGGCUUUGUGACAGCCCGCUUCGGGCCAGGGAAAUGAUCCUUACCCUCAGGUGUUGACAAGUUUUGGGGUGCGCUGAUGUGGAUGGAGUGCAUUGCCCAACAUCUGCUUUUGAGCCGGGUUUCAAGAAAGUUGUAUCAAUGGAUGCCAGUUUCUUUCUGUCCCUAUGGAUUCUGUAUCUAAAUCAU